AUGACAAUUCCAGGUACAGCUUUCGGUAUUGUCUUCUCUUUACUUCAAGUCGUUUCAGGAGAAAGUGGCUAUGCACAGAACGGGGACCUGGAAGACGCAGAGCCCGACUACUCGUUUUCCUGCUACAGUCAGCUGGAGGUGGAUGGGUCCCAGCACCUGCUAAACUGCACUUUUGACGACCCCGACGUCAACAGCACCAAUCUGGAAUUUGAAAUAUGUGACGGCCUCGUGGAUGUAAAGUGCCUGAAUUUUAACAAACUGCAAGAGAUAUAUUUCAUCAAGACAAAUAAAUUCUUACUGAUUGGAGACAGCAAAAUAUGUGUGAAGCUUGGACAAAAGAUCUUAACUUGCAGAAAAAUGAACAUAGUCCAUAUAGUUAAACCUGAGGCUCCUUUUGACAUAAGAGUCACCUAUCGUGAGGAAGCAAAUGACUUUGUGGUGACAUUUAAUACGUCACACUUGCAGAAGAAUUAUGUAAAACAAUUACUACAUGAGGUCACCUAUCGCCAGGAAAAAAAUGAAGGUGAUUGGAUGCACGUGAAUUUAUCCAGUACGAAGCUGAUACUCCUACAGAGGAAACUACAGCCUGAUGCAAUGUAUGAGAUUAAAGUCCGAUCCAUCCCUACCGCCGGCUAUUUUGAAGGCUUCUGGAGUGAAUGGAGUCCAAGUUUCCACUUCAGGACCCCAGAAACCAAGGGCUCAGGAAAGAUGGAGCCUGUUCUGCUAAUAGUCAGCAUUCUGAGUUUCUUCUCUGUGGCUGCGAUGAUUAUCUUGGCCUGUGUGUUAUGGAAAAAAAGAAUUAAGCCUAUUGUAUGGCCCAGUCUCCCAGAUCAUAAGAAGACUCUGGAGCAACUGUGCAAGAAACCAAAAAAGAAUUUGAACGUGAGUUUCAAUCCUGAAAGUUUCCUGGACUGCCAGAUUCAUAAGGUGGAUGGCAUUCAAGCUAGAGACGAAGUGGAAGGCUUUCUGCAAGAUGCAUUUCCUGCACAACUAGAAGAGUCUGAGAAGCAGAGGCUUGGAGGGAGUGAGCAGGGCCCCAACUUGCCAAGCGAGCAGGCAGUCAUCACCCCAAAAGCUUUCAGAGGAGAUGUACCCCUCAGGUACCUGGCUGGGAAUGCCAGUGUGUGUGAUACCCCUGAGAUCCCCUCCUGCAGGUCCCCAGGCUGCAGGGAAGGUGGCAAGAACAGACCUCAUGUGUACCAGGGCCUGCUGCUUGCGCCUGGAACGACAAAUGGCAGUCUGCACCCUCCGUUUCCUUUCCAAUUGGAAAGCCUGACACUGAACCCGGCUGCCCAGGGACAGCCCCUCCUCACUCCCUUGGGAUCAAAUCAAGAAGAAGCAUAUGUCACCAUGUCCAGCUUCUACCAAAACCAGUGA